UCUGUUUAUGAAUGAAAUUGCUGAAACUGCAUUUUUUAUGAAUGUGUUGCUCAAACACACAUACGAAGCCUGCACCUCCGAACCGACGAACAAGACAAAGCGAACAGAAUAUAAACAAAACCACGCGCGAAGUGAAGCCGUUGUUGUGUUAUUCCAAACCUCCAAACAGAAAAGUGCUAUAAAUAAGAAAAUAAUGGAACUCCUAUCGGAUGAAGGUCUCCGUCUGGACGGGCGGCGAGCCAACGAACUGCGUCGCAUUCAGUGCAAACUGGGGGUAUUCAGCCAGCCGGAUGGAAGCGCCUACAUUGAGCAGGGCAACACCAAGGUGCUGGCCGCCGUUUACGGCCCACAUCAAGCUCCGGCGAAAAAGAGCAGCCACGAAGAGGUCAUCGUCAACUGUCAGUACAGUAUGGCCACCUUCUCCACCGGCGAGCGGAAAAGGAGACCCAGAGGUGACCGGAAAAGUCAAGAAAUGACAAUCCAUCUUCAGCAAGCGCUGAGUGCGGCCAUCAAGACGGAACUGUAUCCGAAAUCGCAGAUCGAUGUUUACAUAGAGGUACUAAUGGCAGAUGGCGGCAAUUACUGUGCUUCGGUCAACGCAGCCACCCUGGCUCUCAUCGAUGCGGGUAUCUGUCUGAAGGAAUACGUUUGCGCUUGCACGGCCUCGCUGGCCGGUAAGAUACCUCUGAUGGAUGUGUCCAAUUUGGAAGAAAUGAGCGGAGGACCAACAUUGACGGUAGCAUCACUGCCCAGCAGCGGGAAGAUUGCCUUCAUGGAAAUGUCCCAACGAUUCCAUCUCGAUCAUCUACCCAAGGUGUUGGAAACGGCCCUGCAGGGAUGCCGAGAAGUUCAGAAAAUCAUCGACCAAGCUGUCAGGGAACACGUAACCCAGUUGGGACAGGCAGGGGAUUGGGGAAGUUUAGCGAAAUAAAGGUUGAAGCUUUUUUAACGGUUUAACGAUUUGUUAAUGAAGCGUUUAUUAAUGAUA